AUGAUUAUGAAACCGCGCGAAGAAUUAGAGGAAGAAGAGAUUUUUGAAGAAGAAGAAGAUCUUGAGAAUGAAGGCGAGAAAGAGAAAGAAAAGUCAAAAACAUUCCAUGAAAAGUAUACAGAUCAAGAAUUAGACAAGCAUUUGUUCAAUUGCUACAUUCACGGAAUAGGAAUCCAAAAAUAUUUCGACAUAUUAACAUAUGCAGGAGUGAAAGUACCAUCUGUUGAUACAUUGAAUAAGAGACAAGCUGCUCUCGGUCCUUCACUUGAAGAAUUUUGUUUAAAUCGCAUACAAAAAUACAUAACUGAUGAUAUGAAAGCAGCUUAUGACUGUGCUUGGACUGGAAGAAGAAAUGCUUUUUCAUCUUUUUCAAGUUUGGCAAAUAUUGUACUUAAGGAUACCCUUACGUGUCAGAUUUUUUGCGCAUACGAAGAAGUCAUGCUAGACAUGAGCUAUAA